CGGUAAAAGAUAGCUGCAGCAGCACCCAACCAAGAUAUUUCUGUAGCCGCAGCAGGUGGGAGUGGAAAGCGCUGAGUCUGUGGAUAACGUGGUAAAAUAUGUCUUUGGCGGAUGAAUUGCUGGCUGACUUGGAGGAGGCAGCAGAGGAAGAGGAAGAAAACGUAAUAAAUGAGGAUGAUUUGGAGACCAUUGAAGAUGUGCAGGAGGAGAUGCAGAUUGACCUUAAUGCAGAGUCGGUGAAAAGUAUAGCCAAGCUAUGGGACAGCAAACAGUUUUCAGAAAUUCUGGUCAAGAUUGAAGAAUAUGUGAAAAAGCAGCCCAAAGCAUCUGAAGUCAUGGGACCUGUGGAAGCCGCUCCUGAGUACAAAGUGAUCGUUGAUGCAAACAAUUUGACUGUGGAAAUAGAGAAUGAGUUGAAUAUCAUACAUAAAUUUAUCAGAGAUAAAUAUUCUAAAAGAUUUCCUGAACUGGAGUCCUUGGUCCCAAAUGCCCUGGACUACAUAAGAACAGUGAAGGAGUUGGGGAACAGUUUAGAUAAAUGCAAGAACAACGAGAAUCUUCAACAAAUACUUACCAAUGCGACUAUAAUGGUUGUCAGCGUAACUGCCUCCACUACCCAAGGGCAACAGCUGACUGAUGAUGAAUUGCAGCAUAUUGAAGAAGCCUGUGAUAUGGCACUGGAACUGAACCAAUCCAAGCACAGAAUCUAUGAGUACGUGGAAUCUCGCAUGUCUUUCAUUGCUCCCAAUCUCUCCAUCAUUGUUGGGGCUUCAACUGCAGCCAAAAUAAUGGGUGUAGCUGGUGGCCUUACAAACCUCUCAAAGAUGCCUGCCUGUAAUGUCAUGCUCUUGGGUGCUCAGAGGAAAACGUUGUCUGGGUUCUCUAGUAACUCCGUGCUGCCGCACACAGGUUACAUCUAUCAUAGUGAUAUUGUCCAGGCCUUGCCAUCGGACUUGCAUCGAAAGGCAGCGAGAUUAGUUUCUGCAAAAUGCACAUUGGCAGCACGUGUAGAUAGUUUCCACGAGAGCUCUGAAGGAAAGUCCAUGUCUCCUCCCUUACAGGUUGGCUAUGACCUAAAAGAAGAGAUUGAAAGAAAGUUUGAUAAAUGGCAAGAACCUCCCCCAGUCAAGCAGGUGAAACCUCUACCAGCUCCACUUGAUGGGCAGAGAAAGAAACGUGGUGGUCGCAGAUACCGGAAAAUGAAAGAACGAUUGGGGUUAACAGAAAUCCGUAAACAGGCUAAUAGGAUGAGUUUUGGAGAGAUUGAAGAAGAUGCAUACCAGGAAGAUCUGGGUUUCAGCUUAGGGCAUCUUGGGAAAUCUGGAAGCGGAAGAAUACGUCAAGCCCAGGUCAAUGAAGCAACAAAGGCCAAAAUCUCCAAAACAUUACAGCGUACACUGCAGAAGCAAAGUGUGGUUUAUGGUGGAAAGUCCACAAUAAGAGACCGGUCUUCAGGUACUGCAUCCAGCGUUGCCUUUACCCCCCUUCAGGGUCUGGAGAUCGUUAAUCCUCAAGCUGCAGAGAAGAAGGUGGCAGAGGCAAAUCAGAAAUAUUUUUCCAGCAUGGCAGAGUUCCUGAAAGUGAAGCACGAAAAGAGCGGGACAAUGACAGAAUGACAGUUGGGUCGUCUGUCCAUUCAGUAUGGUGGGAUAUGGUUACUAUAUACUUUGGUAAAACCAGAAACUGUCAGGCUAUCCAGAUCUCCUGCGCAAGUUGGAACAGAUUUCAUCAAUUUUAGAAUUUACCUUCAUAAAACUGCAUGGAAGUAUGAGAUGAAUUACAGCAAUGUCAGUAACGUUUGACCUGGAAGUGAUCUGAUAAUAGAUCCCUUGAAUGAAGAAGUAGUUCCACAUGAAGACUUGCCACCUCCUCUUCUUGAUUGACCUGUGUCUUGUAAUGUAGACAUGACUGUACGAAGGGGGUUAUAAAGGAGAAUUUGAGAUGUGACGUAAGUGAUGGCAGCACGGGAGAAAUGCUUUAUGUUCAAUAGGCUCAACAUGUAUUUUAUUUUUCCUUACUUUGUAUUUUUUGUCAGUGCUUUUAUGAUUUUUGUAUAGAAUAAAUGAUUCUGUAUUCAAA